AUGCGAUGCCGGUACUACUUCAUUGAGGCAUCGUUGGCGCUUUUGGUUUCCUUCAUAAUAAACGUGUUUGUGGUGUCGGUCUUUGCACAAGAUCUGUAUGGGAAAACCAAUCAAAAUGUGAUCGACACAUGCGCCAAUACUCCAUUUGCUGGUGAUAUUAACUCGGCAUUCGUCGCAAACAAUGUCACUGCCGAGAUCAACAUCUACAAGGCCGGGCUGGUAUUAGGAUGUUUCUACGGUGGAGCGUCAAUGUAUGUUUGGGCCAUUGGUAUUUUAGCUGCGGGUCAAAGUUCGACCAUGACUGGAACCUAUGCGGGACAGUUUGCGAUGGAGGGUUUUCUGAAUUUGCAAUGGGUGCGAUGGAAGCGAGUGUUGUUCACUCGAACAGUGGCCGUUAUUCCCGCGUUUUAUGUUGCAUUCUUUAGUCGAUUGGAGGACCUGACGAAGAUGAAUGAUAUACUUAAUGCAGUAAUGGCACUGCAACUGCCAUUUGCUGCAAUUCCCACAGUAGCAUUUACGUGUUGCAGUGCACUCAUGCUCGAGUUCGUCAAUGGAGCGGUUGAAAAAAUAAUUUCUAUCGCCCUGAGCUUUACCGUGAUUGGAGUAAAUCUAUAUUUUAUCAUUGCAAACCUGGAACAUGUGGAGCUGACUGCUCUGAUGAUAUUUGGUGUUGUGGUUUUUGGCGUUUUCUACAUCACAUUCAAUGCAUACCUUAUUCUCCAUAUGAUGGUUUAUAUGGGCAACAAAACUCUAGCAGGCAAUAGGUUCGUUCAACGGUUUGUCUUAGUGGAGCGCUGGGAUGAUAACACGUUUGUCACGAACGUACCAUCGGCUAAUGAGCAGAGUUGAUCGUCGUUGGAAGUGUGCGAAGAAGUGAGCAGUGAGUCAAAUGAUUUAAUUGUUACUGUAGAUGGUUUUGUUUUUAAUGUGUAGUGAAAAAAAGAAUCCAACGAAACCCUAUCAACAUAAACAAAUGGUGCUGUGUCUUAGAAGAAACAUUGUAGUAUAGCCGAGAACUUUCCAUUUCCAAAAUAUACCUUCACGUAUACAGUUUGUUGUCUUGUUACAUUAAAAUGGCUGAAAGAAAGAAUUGAUGUAGAAUGUUCGAUCAGAGUUCG